UUGAGGUGGGUAGUCGUACUCCAACCUCCCUUCGAGUUCGGCAUCGCGACGCGCGCCAAGCGCUGCUCGCUGAUAAGCCACACUGGUGACACACUUACCAACGCUGUCUACGACACUGGGCGCGCCAACAAUCAACUUUCCAAUAUGCAAAGGCUUCGGGAAGUGGACUGGGCGGCGCUACGUCGUGAUGGCCACAACAUAUUCACCAAAUUAAUUCGGACACGUGAUCCUCGUUCGGGGGAUGGCGAAGAGGUCACCGUGCCAACCAGACAGCGUCUUUCUAGAUGCCUUACAACGCUAGACCUUACGUCCCUGGGCGUGGGAUCAUGCGUCGGAACGGGGAUGUACUUAGUGGCUGGCAUGGUAGCCCGCAAAUUUGCCGGACCUGGCGUAGCAUUGAGCUUCAUUAUUGCUGCCUUAGCCAGCAUAUUUUCUGGAUCGUGCUACGCUGAGUUCGGAGUCAGGGUGCCAAAUACGACCGGAUCGGCUUAUACUUAUUCCUACGUUACGGUCGGAGAAUUUAUCGCAUUCGUCAUCGGCUGGAAUAUGGUUCUCGAAUAUUUGAUUGGAACAAGUGCCUGCGCCCGCGCACUUAGCGCUUGUUUCGACUCAUUAUUCGAUGGUGCCAUAAGCAAGUAUUUCUCUGAAAAAUUUGGUACUAUUUAUGGCAAACCACCCGAUUUCGUCGCCUUCGGUAUCAGCAUCAUGAUGACCAUGGUCCUCGUGGCCGGCGUCAAGAAGUCUCUGUUCUUCAACAAUUUGUUGAAUGCGAUCAACUUAAGUGUGUGGGUAUUCGUAAUGGCGGCAGGUGUCUUCUACGCGGAUACAAGUAACUGGACUCAACACAGUGGUUUUCUGCCUUUUGGAUGGUCGGGGGUGUUCAGCGGAGCGGCGACUUGCUUCUAUGCUUUCAUAGGAUUCGACAUAAUUGCUACAACCGGCCUAGAAGCGAAUAACCCAAAACGCUCCAUCCCCCUGGCUAUUGUCUUGAGUCUGGGCAUCAUCCUCCUCGCAUACGUCAGCAGCUCCAUUAUGCUUACUUUGAUUGUUCCCUACAACGAGGUGAACACCGACUCCGCCCUGGUACAGAUGUUCGCUUACGUGAAUGCGCCCACUUGCAAGUACAUUGUUGCUCUCGGCGCCCUAUCUGGCUUGACUGUCUCAAUGUUCGGAUCCAUGUUCCCAAUGCCCCGAGUCGUUUACGCUAUGGCUCAAGAUGGACUCAUUUUUAGACAACUGGCUACUGUGUCUGAAACCUCUGGAACUCCUGCUCUGGCUACGAUCAGCGGUGGUACCGCUGCGUCCAUUGUCUCCCUCCUUAUUCAGCUCGAGGUUCUGGUUGAAAUGAUGAGCAUUGGCACUCUCCUUGCAUACACGUUGGUGUCCACCUGUGUGCUGGUUCUUCGCUACCAGCCGCAUUCCGACAACCUCAUAGAACUCUUACCGCAAAGUCUCCGAACACCAGUGGACCCUGAAGGCACGGCUUCUGCUCAACGUGAGACUUCGUUUGCUCACGGCCCGACUCACAUAAUGCCAGCCAGCCAACGUGUUAUGGUGCGACGUGUCACCCGCAGCUCGCCCGACUCCGACGAUACGCUUCCCGGGGAUGAUAGUGAGGAAUACGGACGAGAUGACGCAUUCUUAGUCAAUUCCAACACCGAAAAUAAGUUCUAUGGCGCUGUUCCUGGAGGAUGUUCUACGGGUACUUCGCGUUGCGCUCGCUUCUUCGAUGCUAUAUACCGCAAACUACACGCAAUGUCCUACCUUUGCCCUGGCCUGCUUCCGUGGGUCGACUGCGGUCCUGCAACCGAGAAUUCCGGUCUAUAUGUCAUCAAGGCGGUCGGCGUCAUGUACGUGCUCAUCAUCAUCUUCGAUAUUUUUGCGGCUUACGGAAGUCCCGGCGAAUCUACUUUUACAACUGUAAUGAUGGUUAUUCUGCUUAUCGCCAUCUUUGGAAUACUGCUAGCUAUUUCGCGGAAACCACAAAAUCGAGCUACACUGGUCUACGCAACGCCUUGUCUGCCCUUCGUGCCCACGAUCGCCAUUAUGGUCAACAUUUACCUGAUUCUCAAUCUUUCAAUUCUGACUCUAAUUCGAUUCACCGUCUGGAUGAUAAUUGGUUUGAUAGUGUAUUUUAAGUAUGGUAUUAAGAAUUCGAAUCUUGAAACUAACCCCCCCGUGCCCCGCGCGCCCACUCCUCCACCACCGAACCCACUGGAUCGCACCACUAUACCGCCCGCUACGCAACCACCCCCCACAGGCGACCGCAACAUCUUCGAAGGCGAUGGACUCUAUGGCAGCCAUGACCAGUACUCGGACCCUCUUUUGGCUUGGCACGUUGCUGACUUGGAACCCGUACAAUCGACAAGCCGCGGCUACACUGGAUCUUCUUCGUACAUGCAGGUUGAGACUCGAUACAACGAACGUACUAAUAGGACAACCUCGCAUACCUCCAGCCGACCACCAUGGGCCUAUCCGGACGUCACUUAUGAUUCCUGGGACAACUAAAUACCCUGAACUAAAUGGAUUAUUUAUUUAUAUUAUAGUUAUCUAAAAAUUAGUAAGUAUUUACUCUGUAUUAACGUCAGUAAAAAGUAUUACUUAUGCACAAACAUUUGCAAUACCUUUUAUUAAUUUUAUUUUUUUUAUUUGAGGUUUUUUUCUUUGUAGGUCGAUGACGUGUAAUGAUGUUUGUUAACUUUUUCGUUUUCAAGGGUAUUUAGAAAUGACUACGCAAUUUGCCACGGACAAACGAUUUGAUUGAUAUAUUAUUAAAACACAACUUGCCAAAAUCAAGUACUUCAGAACUAAAUCGCGGUUACUAUUUACAAUUUAUUUUAAUUGAUGUGUAUUAUAUAUUACCUUUAUUUUUAUAAAUUCCCAUCUACAUGUACUUAAAAUUUUAAUUGAUUUUAAUGCAAAUUGUAUUUUGUUUACCUAUACAGUAUUAUAUAUUAAUUAUAUUAAAAAAAAAACUAUUUACCUACUGUAGAAAAUUAAACAUUUUAUCUACUGACAUAAAUAUUCUUUGACAUCAGUUAUUUACACUGAUUAUUACCAAGAUAUCAUUUUAAAUAGGUAGUUGAUAUUUUUUAAGAAAUUUUAUCCAAAACCUAUUUUGAUUCAAAAACAUAUCAAGCGAAUUUUUAAAAUUCUUAAUUUUUUAACCAAAUAAUUAUCUAUAAAUAUAAUUUUAUUUAGUAUAAAACAUAACUAACUUUUAUCAGAAUAAAGGUUAACUCCAUUAUUUUUAAACUUUCCUAUAACUUUUUGUGAGACAUUUUCGGAAAUGUGAUAUUUUAUGUAAUAUUUAAACUAUUCUUAACCCUAAUAUAAAUUGUCUAAUAAGGACUUAUUGGAAGAACGAUAGUCAUAAACGAAAAAAGAAACUUAAUAAAAAACAAAUUAAUACUCACUAACAUCAAUGAUCAAAUUAGUUAAAACUAUGACGGUUAACGUUUCCGCGUAUUUUUUAUGAUCGACGACAUAAACAUAAACAAUUGAAAUGACAAAAUCAUUUGACAGAAUUCGUUGGCUUCGUUCUAAUAAUAUUAUAAUCUAGGGACUUAAUAAUAAGGUUGAAACGUAACUAUUGCUUAUUAUUAUUUGAAUUAUUUAAACGGCUCAAGUAUGUUAUUUUACAUAUAAAUAUUAAUUAAUUUAAUUUUUUAAUCAAAUAUUUGUUAUUAUAUUACUUAUAUAUACCUAUGUAGAGCUAGAAAUACUAAAAAGGAUAUAUGACCCAAUGGUCUAAGAGGCUUGCCUCGUCUGAAUUGCGAUAUUUUAUUGUAAUCUUGUAUGUAACAUUUAAGUCUUAUUCGCGAAAACGUUGUUGUUGUUUGAUACUUGUUAGCUUUUCUUAAAGAAUAAAGAUAAAAAAUAUCUUAAAUUUUCGGGGAAAAUGUAUACAAUCGUUAGGAAAUUUUCUCAAUGUCUUACUUUCAAUGUUAACUACAUUUUUAAAAUUCUCUCUUUAGAAUGAAGGAAUGAGAAAGGCCUUAAGUAUAUUAAGAGUAUUGAUUAAAAUUGAAAACGACAAAUAAUUUUGAAAUUAUAUCGAUUAUUCGUUUAUUUGAAAUUACAUUACAAAAACGGUCCGAGAGACAAAGUAUUUUUAUUUACUCAUUGGAUUUGUGAUGUGCAAUAUCUAAUAACCACAAUUUGUAAUGCAGAUUACGAAGUCGAAUUUUAAACAAUGAAAAGAUCUGAUUGCAUCAAAAUAAAUAUAAUUAUGCUGACUUACCAUUGGUCAACCCAGCAUGAUACAUUCAAAUAUAUUAUUAAAUUAUGAACGUAAUACCUAGUUAUUAAGUGUAAUUUGUUAUACAUAAAUGUUAGACGUCACAUUAAAUUAAAUCCAGUUUAUAGCGUUCUUCGAUAUUAACAUAAUAUUUUUCUUUAAACAAUCGCUACGAAUCUAGUCAAGAUGCAACGUGAUCUCUGUUUUCGUUUUCUUAUUUAUCUUAUAGCGCCAUUUUACGUUCCUAUU